UCGUUUGACGUAACACACAUUUGACAUUGUUUUGGUGUCAUGUCGUUACUUUUCAUUCAAAGUGGCGCAGCAAAAACAAAACAAACCAUUUUUAGUCUGAAUUUUAAUUUUUUUUUUUACAGAAAUGUUCAGAUAUUCAUUAGCCAAUUCAAAGAGAGAAAUUUUUAAAUGUUUUUCCCAAAGAAAUUACUGUCAAUCGCUGUAUACACAGGGUCAAAGAGCUGAUAAGAAAAUAAGGGAAUAUUUUUACUACAUUGAUCACGAUGGAAUGUUAUUUCUGGACGAUGCACGGAUAAAAAACUUCACAUCCUGCUUCAAAGACCGGCAUUUCAUUCGAUUCUUCUUCAAACGGCUGCGAUUCAACACAACAAACCGGUAUCAAGAUGAAUUCCCAUACAUUUCACUGUGUGGCACUGAACGAAAUUACGUGCGUUGCGAUGAUUUGCCAAUCGUUUUCACAGAUGUAAUAUCAAAUGAUGAAGAAAAUGCGCUGGCAUUCAACCAUAGUGGCAAUGAGCUCAAGCUGGAAUUUGUGCCGCACAAAGUGUACAUGUCCCCAGAGAAUGGUCGAGUUUAUCAUCCAGCCGAGAGUCAAUAUGGAUCGAUUGGAUUAAUUCGAUCCAAAAUGGCCAUUGAAUUUAGUAAAUAUUUUGAGUUUGAGCGAGGAGAACAGAAACCACCAACACAUUUUACUUGGAAUAACACGCGAUACACACUGGAAAAUGAAUGGCUGAAAGAUAUUGUGCUGCCACCAAAUCGUACCGCUUUAUGAAUGUGACAUUUAUUCUAAGUGUGGAAAUAAAACAACAUGUUUUUUUUGAAAUAGGUG